AUGGCCGAAGAGCAAGUUAACAACGUCGUCCCUGCCGCCGCCCCGGUCUCUGAUGAGCCAGUAAAGAGCAGCGAGCCUACUGCUGAAGAGAAAUCUGCUGAGGAGCCGAAGACAACUAUUCCAGUUUCCACAUCCGGCCCGGUUACCGAGGAAAAGAAGGAUGCUGCGCUUGCAGACGUGACGGCCGAGGCCUCAUCUGAAGAUCAAAAACCCAAGGACACUACCGCCGAAGCUCCCGCGGAAGUCCCUGCGGAAGUCCCUGCCGUAGCUCCAACUUCUGAUGACGCUGGCCCGACUGAGCCCGCUAAGACGGACGUGCCUACCGCUGUAAACGGCGAGGCUGAGAAGCCGGCCGAGCAGACAACUGGUACCGCCGCCGUCGUUGCCGAAGAAACCGCUGCUUCUGGCCAGGCUGAGUCCUCUAAAGAUGCUGAGAAACCCUCUGCUGCCCCCGAGCCCGCCGCAGACGAGCCUCCUGCUACUACCGAGAAGCCCGUGGAGGACAAGCCCGCACAGGAAAAGACGGUUGCCGAGGGCAAAGCCCCCGAGGAGGUCCCCGAAGCCAACGGCGAGGCCGCGGAGGCUGCUGAGGCUGCUGACGUCGAAAUCAAAGACGCCCCCGCCGUGAGCAAGGCUGGGGAAUCUCAGACUAGGGAAAAGCGAAGCGCGGAUGAGGCCGAAAUCACCAACGGAACCAAGUCAAACGAACCCGUCGGCAAAAAGGCCAAGAGGAGCGCCGAUGCGCCUGCAACAAAUGGUGGGCCCAGCAGGAACUUGUCCAAGGGUAGGAAGGAAAAGAAAACCAUCACCCCCGUCGGUCGCACCGCGCGGAGGACCCGUAGCCAGGGUUUAGCGGAUGUGUAG